UUGGGAUCCUACUGACGUCAACAUGCCUCAGCCUCGUGGGGUGAUCCCCAGUUUCGUCUCGCCCACCCCAACGAUGCUCUAACAUAUAUAAUGUGUGGAGAGAACGUUGUCUCAGUACCGUCUGAAGACCCAGCGCUCCUGGUGUUCAGGGAUUUACUGUGUUCUGGCAAGGGAAAGUUGCCGCCUUGAAAGUAGGGACUUACUGUGCACACUGCGUUAUUAGUUUGCGUUAGUGAAUAAAGAGAGCAGGAUGGCGGCUGCUCUGUUGACUGCAGUGAGAACCAUUACUGUGGAACCCGUCAUGCUCAUAGAUGGAGCAUGCAAAGAGGCUAUGCUCCUCUUCGUUGAAAAUGUCCAAAUGAACAAAAUCUGCUCCGUCAACUUGGGCUUCUCACCCGAGGUGUGUGCUAACCUGUCAGCUCAUCCAGAGGAGAGUGUGAGAGUCCAGAGAGAGUUCUCUAUCUUCACCUUCUACAACAGUAUCAUCUUAUCAGUGUUGCCUCUCAUCUUCGUGCUCUUCAUGGGCGCCUGGAGCGAUAAAUACGGACGCAAGAUUCCUCUGUUGAUAACACUGGUGGGUCACGUGAUGUAUGCUGGGGGUUACCUGCUGGCCAACUGGCAGACCAGCUGGCCUGUAGAAGUGAUCUACUUUGUGACAUUGUUGGAAGCUCUGGGAGGGGCAAACGCCGGCCUUCUCUCCUCUACAGUCAGCUACAUCAGCGACAUCAGCAAGGAGGAUCAGCGAACAUCUCGCAUCAGCACAGCCAACUCCAUCUGGUUCUUGGGCGGUCCUCUGGGCACGCUGAUAGGCGCGCUAAUCAUCAAGUACAGCGGUUAUGAUCUGGCUCUGGGCCUCGUGCUGCUUGCAUAUUUCCUCACAGCUGUUUAUGUUAUCAUCUUCAUCAAGGAGAGUCACGGACCCUACGCUAAGAAGGAGCUACAGGCCCAGGGAUCCAUCAAGGAUGAGUCCAGUAUACAGAAGAAGGAUGUAAACAUUACUACAAUGGUGGUUGACUUCUUCAACUGGAGGCGCGUAGUGGAGUCCUUCAAGACAGCGUUUAGGAAACGUGAGGGUAACGCUCGGGCUGUCUUAAUGGCUGUGAUGGCUGGAAACAUGAUACGACGAAUGGCUCGAGGGUUCUUCAUGUACAUGUUCGUGCGUCGCGCCCUUUAUUGGAAUGCUACUGACUACGGUUACUGGAUAACCUAUCGUAACCUUCUGGCUGCUCUUGGUUCACUGUUCCUGGUGCCGUUCCUGACGAAGCUACUGUCCUUCACGGACGCUUCACUGGUGGUGACAGGGACCAUCUCUAUGAUAGGAGAGUACCUGUGUUAUGGUCUGGUGAGUGGACCAGCACAAGCAUUCCUCAUGUGGCUGGGACCACCUGCAGGCCUCAUCUCCAACGCUAUGGUCAUCUCCUUCAAGUCGAUGUCUACCAAACUCGUCACUAGCAAGGAAAAGGGUCGCAUCAAUGCAGUUAUGGCAGCACUCAACGGGUUGAUGCCAAUGGUUGGUUACGCAGCUUACUCUCCUCUCUACUACAACACCGUUGAUACCUUCCCAGCUGCUCAGUUCUUCUUUGCUGCCUCUCUCAACGUCAUCAUCAUGAUCACCUUCAUAUUGGUAGAAAUGCUACGUCAUUCGUCUUCCUACAACGCUGAGGAUCUAGAGGUUGGACAUAAGAAAACUGAAAACGCUGUCUAUAGGUUCCUGAAGAAACGCUCGUCCAUCACCCUUAAGUCUAUCACUCGAACUCUCAGUGGUCCUGGAGGAAGAGUCUUGCAAAAGUGCCAGAACCCAUCCAUAACACAACAACUGCCCAGCAUAACAGAAAACUCGCAAGAAAACGCAGCUGGAGUGACUGCCACUCCAGCAGUUAGUAAACAUUCAGAGAGCCUCAACUCAGCUGUUGCUUCAGACUCCAGUCUGCCGACAGUAAUGUCCAAGAGGCUAGAAAUCACAGAGAACAUGGCGACGAGAGCUUUGUUUCUGCAGGAGAGAGAGAGUGCUGGUUGUUAUUCCAGUGGACAAAGUGAUGCAGAGAUUACUGCAUCAGAGAAGACACUGGAAGAAGCUCCAUUGGAUUACAAAGCCUCGAGUAACCUUCCUGACACAGCAGAACACAAACACAUUGUCCAGUUACCACAUACUUGAAUGACACCUUUGUAAGAAAUGAAUUCUUUCAACUACAUGAAUCUGAUUAAGUUCACAAUCUUCCCAGACAACAUUACGUACUCUAAUCCCCAAGAUGAGGAUUAUAGUAUAGUUAAUAUAUGUCUUGAGAAAUACAAGCCUCUGUUCCGUAAUAAUGUUCUUCGUUUUUCAUGGAGAACAUGAAAGGGUUGCAAAUAUUUCUGCUACUUUGAUAAUGAAGACCACAUCAAUCUUUUCGUAAACAGCAUUUUUGAGGCUAUUAGGUGUUAUCCUAACUCAGCUCACUGUAGGACCUAGCAGUUGAUCCUAAACCCCACUAUCCAAGGAUACGACCUACAGUAGACACUCAUAGAUACCUAUCUACUGCGAGAGGUUAAGAGGAGCAGCAGGUGUACGCCUUGUCCAUACGUCUGUUUGAUCAAACGCUGAUCCACAGUUAGGCCUAGUCACGGACAGGACCGAGGGGGCGUUGACCCCAGAUACUCCCUCCAGGUAGACAUCUGGCCUUACCUGGGGAUCGAACCCAAAACUUUCUACCUCUUCCUCCGACUCCAGUAAUGGAACACCAUAUAAUGAUCAUUAUUCUGUGCACAUACUAUGGAAUUAUCAUAUAGUCAUUAUAAUGUACAUAUUUUAAUUUAUUUAACUUAAA